UAUAAGACGAGAAAAUACAGAUCAUUCGGAGGCAGUGACUAUGAUCCGCCUGUCGAAGAAUGCGUUGCAGAACCUCUGCGCCGUGAUGGCGGCCUUACUUUUGGUGCAAAACGUUCAUCCAGCUAUAGGAUCCGUCAUCCGAGUACAGCAGGGUUUUGCUGAUAGUAAGGUGCAAUCAGUGAAAUAUAAAGAAGUUGACGAGCCCCAACAUAACAUCCAGAAGAGAUCCAUUAUUGGAGCUGGCCUGAAAUUCGUGUUUAAGAAUUUCUGGGACGAUUUGCUGUGUUUAGGAGCCCACUUAUCGACCCUAUUAAACUGCAACAGUUUGUCACCCGGAGCUUGCCAAAGACUAAAGGACUUGGAAACCAAACGCAGCGAAAUUGCCAUCCUUGUGAACGAGACACUGGAGACACAAGUUGAAUGGGCAACAUUGAAUGCUACCAACGAAAAAGUCAUCACUAAUCUACAGCUGAUCGAAAAAGACUUGGAACUGGUAACAUCAAGCAACCUUCGUCUUAUGGGCUUACUAAAUUCAAUCAGCGUCAUAGAAGAAACAGACGAUAUUUACGACUCUGCCACCGAUAAUGUUACACAGAUCAGAGUACGUUUCCAGAUUGAGUUGGAAACCUACCUGAACGGAAUCAAAGCAUCACUGACAUCUACAGGUUCCCAAAUCGACUCACUGAAAGAGCGCGACUACGUAAUGUUUGCUCUCAUGACAUCAGUCCCCCUUGUAGCUCUGCAUACCAGCCACAUUGUAACAUCCGCCCGUCAAGCUGUUCUCACAAGAAGCCAGUCCUAUCAGGUGGUAGAUGUCGUUGGUGGCGCCGGCAAGAUGAAACUCGCAUAUAACCCAGAGGGGCGACUUUACGUCGUGCAGGAUUCUCCAGAAUUGGGGAAACUGAAGGUUCUGCAGUCGCUCGAUGACGCAGGGAAUGUUGGACGGUUCUGGAAGUUCAUGACGCCAUCUGGACAGUCUGCCAUGGUUUCCGAGUUCCUUGACAGCUUCGACUUUGAGAGAGGCAAAAGAAUUGCUUGGCUCCAGCAAAAUAACGCCGACUAUCUGGACUCACUAAAACAAAAUCGGUAUAUGAGUGCAUUCCUGAGUAGAACAGAUGGUCUUACGACAACAGAGUUAGAUGACUUUGUAAAGAAAGCCGCAAUUUUAGACCAAGAUGCGUUUUACAAAUACGAUGUCGAUAUCCCUGAAGCUGAGCUUCCAAAGAACUGA